GGGGUGCGCAAUUCGCACCACCAAACCAGUAAACACAAACCUCGACCAACGUGCGCCAAACAAACAAAGAGGAGAGAGAGAAUGGAGCCCGAGUGGAGAGAGAGAAUUCUGUACCCUCUUGUGGGCAUUCUCUCCAUCUCAGCCCUUCUCUACCUCAACUUCAACGACGAGCUCUCCUUCCCAGUCCUAUGGCAACCCAAGAUGGGCUUCGUCGCCACAAACUCCACCCACUUCAUCGUCGUCGGCGACAGAAACGACAACAAUUCAGCCAUGUACGUCAACGGCUGGAACUCCUACUGGCUAAUGGAGAAGAGCAUUUGGGGCUCUUCGUCCCGGUCCAAGGUCUCGAAGACGCUGAAAAUGGGGGCAAAAAUGGGUCUGAGCGUUUGCAGGACUUGGGCUUUCAGUGAUGGAGAUGGUCCCAGUGCUUUGCAAACCUCUCCUGGCGUCUUCAAUGAAAGGGUCUUUCGGGCCUUGGAUUACGUGAUUGUUGAAGCGCGGAAGAACAGGAUAAGGCUGAUUCUGAGUCUGGUGAAUAAUCUGAGUGCAUUUGGUGGGAAAACGCAGUAUGUCAGAUGGGCAGAAGAGGCUGGAAUUAAUAAUGUCUCUUCCUUUGAUGAUUCGUUUUUCUCACACCCCACCAUUAAAGAUUACUACAAGGCUUAUGUCAAGGCAAUUUUAACGAGAAAGAAUUCACUUAGUCGAGUUAAAUAUUCCGAGGAACCAGCUAUCUUUGCCUGGGAGCUCAUGAAUGAGCCCAGAUGUUCGUCGAAUUCAUCGGCUCCUGUUCUUCAGAUCUGUCAGGCAUGGAUCACAGAGAUGGCUGCGUAUGUAAAGAGCCUGGAUAAGAAGCAUCUUGUGACUGUUGGACUCGAGGGGUUUUAUGGCCUGAAAUCGACACAACGAUCUUCUGUGAAUCCUGGGGAAUGGGGAGCCUUGCUUGGAUCAGACUUCAUUCAAAAUUCAGCAAUCAACAACAUUGAUUUUGCUUCUGUUCAUGCUUACCCUGAUAGCUGGAUUCGACAUGGUGAUUUAGAGGCGAAAGCAAACUUUCUUUCUCACUGGGUGGACUCUCACAUGAGUGAUGCGGAGAAUGUGCUGAAGAAACCGGUUCUGUUUACCGAAGUUGGAUUUUCUUUACGUAUGAAUAAGAAAACAGAAGAUGUGAAUUUUCUAUUAAAGACUGUAUAUGAUAGAAUCUACGAGUCGGCAAAGAAGAGGCAAGCUGGGGCUGGAGCCUUGAUUUGGCAGUUGUUGGUUGAAGGAGUUGAGGAGUAUUCUGACCAGUUUUCCCUCGUAGCACGGGAUCAUCCCUCUACCUUUAAACUGAUAACAAGACAUUCUUGCAGACUAAGAAGAAUCUUUUCCAAUAGCAAAACAAAUGAGGAGCUUCAAAGUGAAGAUCCUUGCUGAUACAGAGAGGAGUUAGAAAUUUAAAUUCCAAAAAGAAAGAUCUUGUACAAUGUUGAUGUGAUUUUUUUUCAACUUAGCUUCAUUAAACAUGGAAUAAUCCUAAGAGGUGUUGAUUUAUUUAUUUGUUUUUUGAAUUUCUUGAGAAUGAAGUACAGAUUUAAGAUGUAAGCUGUAGGAUUCUUUGUCAAAUAAGUGAUAA